GCCCUGUCCAAUCACCCUGCUGCGUUCAAGUUUUAUGUAAUUGGGCUGCCUGCUCUCUUCUCACUCUUUUUUGCAGCAAGAGGAGCACGGAGGUCUGCAGCAGGAAACCAUCAAAGUUCAAAGAAUGAAGAUUGCAGUUAUUGGUCAGAGUCUGUUCGGCCAGGAGGUCUACAAGGAGCUGAGAAAGGACGGCCACACCAUUGUUGGUGUUUUCACCAUUCCUGAUAAGGAUGGCAAGGCCGACCCACUGGCUACAGAGGCGGAGAAGGAUGGUGUCCCUGUUUUUAAGUUCCCCCGGUGGCGAUUGAAAGGUCAGGCCAUCAAAGAGGUGGUGGACCAGUACAAGUCUAGAGGGGCAGAACUCAACGUCCUCCCCUUCUGCUCCCAGUUUAUCCCCAUGGAGGUCAUUGACCACCCCAAACAUGGCUCCAUCAUCUACCACCCCUCUCUGCUGCCCCGUCACCGGGGAGCCUCUGCAAUCAACUGGACGCUUAUCCACGGAGACAAGAAGGGUGGAUUCACGGUGUUCUGGGCUGAUGACGGACUCGAUACGGGACCAAUCCUGCUGCAGAGAGAGUGUGAUGUUGAACCUAAUGACACAGUCAACACAAUCUACAAGAGAUUUCUCUUUCCGGAAGGUGUCAAAGGCAUGGUAGAAGCUGUGAGGCUGAUCACUGAAGGAAAGGCCCCAAAGAUCACACAGCCUCAGGAGGGAGCCACCUAUGAGUGCAUUCAGAAGAAAGACAACGCCAAGAUCGACUGGAACCAGUCAGCUGAGGCCAUCCACAACUGGAUCAGAGGGAAUGACAAGGUGCCUGGGGCCUGGGCAGAGGUGGACGGACAGAAAGUGACCUUCUUCGGCUCGUCUCUGGUGGAUAACGGCACAGCAGCCAACGGCGCGCCCCUGGAGAUUCCUGGAGCCAGUCGGCCUGGCGUCGUCACUAAGGCUGGGCUGGUGCUGUUCGGAAACGACGGCAAGACGGUGAGUCGGACUGGUGAACGCACUGCUACACAUGGAUCAGUAGAAGGUCUUAACUGGAUCAUGACGACUGAGAAAAGAUACUAUGGCAAGAAAAGCGUCCUUCAGGGGAAGACUGGUUGA